AAUCGAAAGUGGCGCCGACCCACCACUGUCAGCAGUCUGCUAUGGAAUAUGUUUCAGGUUUUUUGCAUUUCCCCCAAUCAUCAAAUUCCCUUCACUGCCCACUAUCCUUCCGCCAAAUCCGCCAUUGAAGGAGAAGGAGCUCCUGAUGCUGAUGGAAUCCAAAUCAGUGAUGGCGCUUCGCUAAAACCCUGACCAAUUUCCCCAAAUUUCCAAACCCUAAAAAAUCAUCAGCUCCUCCAAUUCCCAAUCCCUCUCUCCCAUGGCUUCCAUCGCCAAGGUUUCUCCGCCGCCUCUGCUUUCCACAUCAACCCCUUGCCGAUUCCCCAUUUCAAUUCCGACCAGGAAGACAAUCCCCAUCCGAAACCGCACUCAAAUUCUUCGAAUCGGCAAAUUCGGCAGCUUCCUCGAUCUGGAGCCGGAGAGCAAACCACAGCCGUUGGAUCUCGACCUCCCCUGGCACGCUCCAUCCGACGGCUCACGUUUCGACGUGGUGGUCAUCGGCGCCGGCCCCGCCGGCCUCCGCCUGGCGGAGCAGGUGUCGUCGCACGGAAUCAAGGUAUGCUGCCUCGACCCCUCCCCACUUUCCAUGUGGCCUAACAAUUACGGCGUUUGGGUAGAUGAAUUCCAUACUUUACAACUUGAUGAUUGCCUGGACAAGACCUGGCCGACGGCCUGUGUUUACAUCAACGAUCAUAAAACGAAGCAUUUAGAUCGUGCCUACGGCAGAGUUAAUCGAAGCUUGCUGAAAUCUAAACUUUUAUCCGAAUGUUCUAACAAUGGCGUCAAGUUCUAUAAGGGGAGAGCCUGGAAUGUAAAGCAUGAGGAGUUAAAUUCCACCGUAGCUUGCGACGACGGCACCAAAUUGACGGCGAAUUUGGUAGUCGACGCAAGCGGAUUCACAACCACUUUCGUGGAGUACGAUAAGCCAAGGAAUCCCGGGUAUCAAAUCGCUCACGGGAUAUUAGCCGAAGUCGACGAUCACCCCUUUGAUUUGGACAAGAUGGUUCUAAUGGAUUGGAGGGAUUCUCAUUUAGGGAAUGAGCCGUAUUUGCGCGUGGACAAUUCGAGGUUGCCGACUUUUUUAUAUGCAAUGGCGUUUGAUUCGAAUUUGGUGUUUCUUGAGGAGACAUCGCUUGUUAGUCGCCCGAUGUUAAACUAUGUCGAGGUGAAGAAAAGGAUGGAGGCGAGGUUGAGGCAUUUAGGGAUACGGGUGAGGGCCAUUGUCGAGGAUGAGAAGUGUGUGAUACCGAUGGGCGGGCCGCUCCCCCGCUCCCCGCAAAGCGUGAUGGCGAUGGGUGGGAACGCGGGAAUCGUUCAUCCCGCCACCGGGUACACGGUGGCUCGGACAAUGGAGCUCGCUCCCAUGGUUGCAAGUGUGAUAGUCGAGUGUCUUGGCUCUAGUAGAAUGAUACGGGGCAAACAUCUCCAUCGUCGAGUGUGGGAUGGUUUGUGGCCGUUUGAAAGAAGGAGUGCUCGAGAAUUCUACAAUUUUGGGAUGGAGACGUUGUUGAAGCUUGAUUUGGAGGGUACGAGGAGAUUUUUCGAUGCAUUCUUCGAUCUUGAUCCUUACUAUUGGCAUGGAUUCUUGUCGUCGAGGCUCUCGGUUGGGGAACUUGUUAAGUUGGGGGUGUCCCUUUUCGGCCAUGCGUCGAUGCCGUCUCGGGUGGACAUGCUCACAAAGUGCCCUCCGCCUUUGGUAAGAAUGGCGGGUAAUAUUGUACUUGAAACCAUUUGAUCUUCAAGAGGCUAAAUGAGUGUUGUUAAGUUAUACAAUUGAUUUGCGAAAUACCAAUGUAAGAAUAUUGUAGUAUUUGUAUGUCUAAGAUUUUUGUAGAUCAAGUUGUUAACAUUUUUUUUA